AUGUGUGAAUGAACAGCUUUGACGGCGGGGCACUUGAUGUCAACGUGGCAACAACAUCGAGAACGACGGCAAUGACGACGACGACGUCAUCGGCGGAGAGAAUCGCGUCUCUUCCACCACGUUGUACAGAACGGCAACGCGUAGUAGCGCAUGCUGAUAGCCGCCCCGCUAUCGAUCCAUCCGCGCCCCCGAGCUUUUUCUCGCUUCUCCUCACAAGUCUCGUGAACGUCGCUACCGAGCAACCGUCCCGGCAAAAUUGUAUAACUCGGCGAUUUUACUCCGUGUAAUAACAGUAUCCGUGUCCUGUCUCUCAUUUCACUUGUAUCGCGUUUUGUCAUACGGUCAGGAUAUAACGUACCAGGAGACAAGCAAGCAACGGUAACGUUAUGGCACGUCAAGGCGAACACUGCAGAGCGAUUUUUCUACUGUGGUGUGUCUCGGGCAUUGCGUUCAGUAUCCCUGUCUCUUCGCCGAUACCGCGACAAGUGGACGAUGAGCAACAUUACACCACACGUAGAAUGCCAAAAGUCGUCUUUAUGCUGCCUACCCAGAGAACAAAAUUGCCCUUGCGGGCGGCAACCGAUUCUACAAACACGAUAGCCAAUUUCGAGGUCAAAACAACCACGAUCCUGCCCUCAACGACCACUAUGACCACACACAGAUCGGUUUCAACGGAUAAACCCUUAUAUCGGCUGGACAGAAGCAACGGACAAGCUUGCAUCCUUCUUCAAGUGGAUGCAAUUAUUGCCGUCAAGUAUCGCACAAAAUAUGGCGACGACCAAGAAGUGGAUAUAUAUGUACCUGACGAUGCGACCGUGACUGGAAAUUGCGACAAUGAAAAUACGGUGACAAUGUCCUUGAAAUGGAAUGCAUUUGUAUUAUCUUGGAGUUUUGCUAAGACUCCUGGUGGCGAGCGUUGGUACGUCGAGAAAAUUGAAUUAACCUAUAACUCUAGCGAUAAACACUUUGAGCAUGUUGAUCAACCAAACAAGACUAUUCGAGUGAGUACCGGGCAGAAACAUAGCGUCAUGCUAUUCCCUACGCCGGUUGGAAAGUCGUACGCUUGUUCCGAUGAAAAAGUGAUUGAGCUCACCGAUGGCAAGAAUCAUGCCAGCGUACUUUUGAGAGAUAUGAAGCUGCAGCCGUUCAAGUUCAAGAACAACGAGUUCGCCUCCGAGUUCUCGUGCACCUUGCUAAGCGCGCGCGCCGGUAGAGACGAGACCGCGCCGGUCGCGGUCGGCUCCACGCUGGCCGCCGCGGUCCUGCUGACGAUCACCGGUUACGCGGCCUACCGAUAUUUCAAAGUGAAGAAGGUCAAAUAUGACACGAUGGAGUAAGGAGAACCAGCUGAUCGAUUCCCCACUGUCACGACGAUGCCAAAACGUGCGCGUAUCGCCAAAAUCACGACUCGUAGUUUUUACCCCUUCCCCUCUUCCCACGCUAAUUAUUUCCAGGAAAAAAACUUGUAUUCUCUGUCGAGCAUUUUUUUUCAAUUGAUCACGAAUCUGUAACAACCGUAAUUAUCGCGUAACGAUUUACAAUUAAAUUUUCGAAGAUAUAUAAUUAAUAUAGAUCGAACAGUCAAAUUGAAGACGACUCUAAUUAAAAAAGGUUCCAUGUUUCGCGAAAUAUCAAGAGAGAAAAAUUUGAGAUAUUCUCUCGUGAAUAUACGUUAAUGAAUAUUUUAAAACUUUGCU